AUGGGUCGAUCAAGGCAUAGCCUAGCACCAUGGCUGACGUUUGCCUGCGUCGCAUCCAGUGCCUGGGCCGCCAAAAGGCCAUUCAACAUCCACGACGACCUCCUGGCCUAUCCGCAGUACCAAGUGGUUUUCCCCGACGAAUAUAUCCUCGAUUCAACAGCUGAAGAACUACUCCAAGCACAAGCCGAUGCCGCAGACGACGCCUCCAGCUACGACCAGAACAACCCUCAGGUAUACAUCAAUAAGGCGCACACGGGAGACGCAACACACGAGGCCGGAGACGGAAAUUCCCCAUCCUACGCCUACGAAGAAAUGAUAAUGGAUGACCGGCGCCUUCUCUGCCAAAUUCCACACGUCACCCAGGACGACCUCAACACGACGGCAAACAACCAGACAAAUGAGGCGGAGCAGCAGAAAGAAUUAGCCCGCGCAACGGACCGAGGCCUUGAACUCCUACGCGAAAUGGAGGGAAAAUGCAUGUACUACUUCUCUGGCUGGUGGUCAUAUUCAUUCUGUUACCGGAAACAGAUUAAGCAGUUUCACGCACUCGCUGCCGGCCGCAAUGUUCCCCAGUAUCCGCCAAUGGAGGACCCCACAACGCAUUCCUUCAUUCUGGGCCAAUUCCCGGCUCAUAUGAAGGAAAAUAGCAGGGAAGAAGAUCAGGAGCCACAGCAGCAACAACAGAGCUCACAAACGGAAGUGGCAGAGCUACAUACUAAAGGUGGUUCGCGCUAUCUCGUGCAACAUCUACGGGGUGGCACGACGUGUGACUUGACAGGUCGUGAUCGCAGGGUCGAAGUGCAGUUCCACUGCCAUCCACAAUCUACGGACCAGAUUGGCUGGAUCAAGGAGUUGACCACCUGUUCCUACCUGAUGGUUAUCUACACCCCACGUCUUUGCGAUGAUGUUGCUUUCCUGCCCCCACAACAAGACGAGAUCCACGACAUCGAAUGCCGUGAGAUUCUCAUGCCUGAAGAUGUACCUGAUUGGGAAGCUAUGAAAGACUGGUACCAGGCCGAACAGUUAGUGGAUGCCGCCGCCGCAGUUGAACUGGAGAAAGUUCAGAUUGUCGGCGGAAUUGAGGUUGGCGGCCGUAGACUGGUGGGAAUGGAAGGCAAAGUGAUUGAGAAGGGCCGCGUGGCCUCAACCGCUGAAGAGCGGACAGAGGCUGUCGUUAAGCGCGAGAAUGGCGAGGUCCGACUCGUGUCUAAGCAAUUGUUGAAGAAGUACGAGCUUAACGAGGAGAAGCUCGAGGAGAUGCAGAAACGUCUUGAUAAACUUGCAGGUGGGAAAGACUGGACACUCGAAGUCGUCGUGGAAAAUAAUGGGGUGAUCAAGUUCCAGGGUGUCGUUGCUGAGGAUACUGACGACACCACUGAUUCUCCCGAUGGUCAACCGCUGAAGGACGAGAAAACACCCCACGCGGAAAAUGUGCCGCUGAAAAAGUCUUCGGAUAGCAACAAGGACUCGGGCGACGCACCACCGACAGAGAAACAAUCCCCAUCAGACAAGGAGACAGAGGAGACCGAGACGGAAGGCAGUGAGGAAAUCUUCAAAGAUGAACUAUAA